UUAAUGGGCUGUCGAGACGAUCAGAAAGUUUCUAUUUUAAUAUCGCUUUAAAUGAAGACUGGUGAUGAGAUUUAGUUAUUUCUCUGUAAAUUGUUUACCGCCCACAAGUUUAUCUAAUGGAGGAAUUAAAUUCGUGCCGCUGCUGCUUAAUGCGGCCGCCAGACAAGGAUUUGAAUUCGCCGUAUACUCGUCUUGGGCAAACAGAGAUAUACGCGGAUAUGCUAAAAGAGUGCUUCGAAAUACAUUUACCCCUCGGUGACAACAGUGAGUGUGGUAUAUGUGAGAUAUGUGUGAGCCGCUUGCGGGACGCUAGUGAUUUCAAGCUGCAAGUGCAGCGCUGCCAGGUGGAGCUCCAGACGCGGCUCACCAGCCCACUUAAAGGUGAAGAGGCACUAAAAGUCAAAAUGGAGAUGUCUGAUGAUGAUGAUGAUGAUAAUGGAGCAUAUAUAUUGCAGCUGAAGGAAGAAAUGUCAGACUACGAGGAGCUGAAAGAAGAGGACGGCAAGCUGGCCGAGCUGCUGGCCUUCGAGCAGGUCACCGUCAAGCGACGCAAGACUAGCUCCUCCAAGACAGAACGAAAAUCCCGAAAAAUUCUAUCACGACCAGCGCUCACACUUUCUCUUCGUCAGCUCUCGAAAAUGGAGAAAAUCAAGAGCCCUAUCGAAGACCGCUCCGGCCACGUCAGCGAGAGCCGGAAACACAGGCACAACAUAGAAAAUCUACUCAAAUACUGCAACGGGACACCGUUCUCUAACAAAACGUUAUAUGGCUACAUAUGCGCGUAUUGCAAAGAAACAUACCCCGACCCACAGGAUUUAAGAACCCAUACGGAAUCAGAACACAAAAACGCAGAGUUUUAUGACACAAAAAGGAUGGAUAAAAACAAUAUGUCAGUUAAACUCGAUAUAACUGAUCUUAAAUGCAAUCUUUGUAACGAUAGAUUCGAAGAUGUAUCGACUUUGAAGAAGCAUUUGAUCAAACAACAUGAUAUAAAGUUUCACCCAGAUGUAAAAGACUACAUAAUGGAGUUUAAGUUAACUUCAGGAGACAUAUUAAACUGUGCUCACUGUAAUUCCACAUUUGAGACAUUUAAAAUGCUUCUGCAACAUAUGAAUGGUCAUUACAGAAACUAUAUCUGCAACGUAUGUGAUAUGGGCUUCAUAAAUAAGCACAGAUUGAAAAAUCACGAGCGUACGCACGACCUAGGCACGUAUAAAUGCGAAUUUUGCGAUAAAGUAUUCAGUACAAGAGUUAGAAAGAUGUGUCACGAGAAAUAUACUCAUAAUAGUAACGCUAGAUAUACUACUAAUUGUCCACAUUGCGAUCAAAGCUUCACAAGCUAUUACCAAAGGAAUAGACACAUGUUUACCGAACAUAACACGGUCGCGGCUUCAUACAAAUGCAAUAUAUGCGAUAAGAACUUCAUUUUGAAAUCAAAAUUGACAUCACACAUUAAGAAAGUACAUUUAAUGGAACGGAACCAUAUUUGCCCGGAGUGCGGGCAAGGGUUUUUCAUUAAGCAAUCUUUAGACGAGCAUAUGAUCAAGCAUAACGGAGAACGGGUGCACAAAUGUAAUGUAUGUUUGAAGGCCUACGCUAGGAAGAAGACUCUCCGGGAGCAUAUGAGGAUACAUAAUAAUGACAGGCGGUUUAAGUGCGGUGUGUGCGGGCUGGCCUUCGUGCAGAAGUGUAGUCUGAAAAGCCAUAUGCUGUCCAAUCAUGGGAUAACUCUGUCGGAGUUUGAGAGUCGGGAACUGAGUAGUCCGCAGGCCACAUAAGUUUGUCCUACAAACUCAAUGGACCAAGCUAUCUUAACAUAGACUGCAGUGACAGAGUGUGCAACACCACAAAAUAGUUCCUAUGCUUAGAAAGAAAUGAAAGUGAAAAAGCUCAGGCGAGCGGAGAAGAAUUAUAAUACUUUUGGAUGUUGGUCUUGGUCUCAGUAGCUUAGUAAAGCGACGACCUGGCAUCCCGGAGUCGCGAGUUCAAGUCUUACCCAAGACGGUGAGCUUUCCCACUUUCUAAGCCUUGUGGUAUAGUUUGCAGACUUUUCUGCUUAAUACAUAACUCAACAAGUUCCUAUGAAAAUAUGUAUGCAGUUUAUAGUGGCAUUUCACACUUUGUCACAUCAAAGUUCGUGCAGAGUUAGCUUAGACGGGACACUGUUGUAGAAAAAAAUCGAAUAAAUAUAUAAGAGCUGUUUCCCACUGACGUCCAGGUUUUUGCGGGUACGGUUUUUUGCAGGAUCCCGUUUUUACAAGCUUUUAUUUACUUUCACCUGACUGUUGUCUGUAAUCAAAUCUUGCAAGUUAAAUUUGAUCCACUUCCCGGUUUCCGAUUGAGCUGAAAUUUUGCAUACGUACGUAAGUCGGGUGACAAUGCAAUAUUAUGGUGUAAUCCAGGUGAUCUGAUGAUGGAGACCGGAGGUGGCCAUAGGAACUAUGUGAUAAAACAACGAAACCUAAUUGUGUUUGGGGUUUUUAGAAUUGUCUCGAUGAGCAUUAGUUGCAUGUGGAAAGAAAAGUACAGUCAGCGAUAAAAGCUUGUACCGAAAAUGAAAUUUUUACAAAAACUUAUUUGUAGUAUGCAUGCAGGAUCCCGCAAACAGAAUCAGUGUGAAAGUUACUAUAUUAGCACCUAUACUACUAAAAUGGGAUCCUGCAAAAAACCGUACCCGCAAAAAAACUGGGCGUCAGUGGGAAAGCGGUCUAAUAUUGUGUAUUAUAUACUUGUGUUAAAUGCUUGCCUCAUACUGUAAGUUAGACAUGAAAAUUGUAAAUGUCAGAAGAAAUGUGUUUUGAAAAUAGGUAGGCGCAUAUUUUUGUUUUUAUAUUACCAAUUUGGCACUAGGUAUAGUAAUUACGUUAUUUUUUUAUUGUUAUUUUCAUCUGAAAAUGUUUGACUUUGACACUCAAACAAUUUAAUCAUGAAAUUUAAUGACACUUCAUCAAAAAUGUGGCUAAAAAAAAUAUCAUAGAGAAAUAAUUAAGCUGACCUGUCACCGCAUACAUGAGAAUAACA